AUGGACGCUGUCCCACCCUCCCCCGACGGGGGCGAGGGAAUGACGACGGGUGUUCCUCAAAGUUACCUUUUGGACCUUUUCUUCCCGGGAUUUUCUGUUUUUUCCAGCGCUCUCAACAAAUACCUUCAUAUUGAUCUGAACCUCUACAUCCCGCUGGUCCUCCUUUUCGGUGGGCUCACCUUCGCAUGGCGUUAUUUCAGCGACUACUUUUCAGACCUGGCCGAAUCCCAUCUGAUGUCACGGUGUGAUGUCCGCGUCGAUGAUGAGAUCUUCAACUACUUGAUGGCUUGGGUGUCCAACCAGCGCUUUGCUCAGGGUGCGAGGCGAUUUGUUGUCAACACAAACCUCAAUAGUCGGUCUUGGUAUCUAUGGCGGAGUUUUGACGAUGACGAGGAGGGCGAGGAGGGCGAAGAAGGCGGCUCCAUGGGCCAGAAGAAGAAGGCCCUCGCCUACACGCCCACCUUCGGCAGCCACUGGUUCAUCUACAAGGGCCGCAUCCUCUCUUUCCGCCGGACCCAGAACCAGCAACAGUCCGCAUACAUGACGGCCAGCGAGCGAGAGGAGAUCUCCAUCUCGUGCUUCGGUCGGAACCCGGCCAUUCUCAAGGAGCUCCUACACGAGGCACGGGACGCGUUCCUUAAGAAGGACGAAGCCAAGACAGCCAUCUACCGGGGCACUUCCAAGGCCGGGAGCACGGAGCCGCAAUGGCAGCGCUGCAUGUCGCGGACAUCGCGCCCCUUCUCAACCGUCAUCUUGAAUGACCAGCUGAAGCAGGACCUCAUCGACGACGUGACCGACUACCUCAACCCGACGACCCGGCGCUGGUACGCCAACCGCGGCAUCCCCUACCGCAGGGGCUACCUGCUCUACGGCCCUCCAGGCACCGGCAAGUCCUCGCUCAGCCUGGCCCUGGCCGGUUUCUUCAAGAUGCGCAUCUACAUCGUCAGCCUCAGCUCCGUCACCGCCAACGAGGAGAACCUCGCCACGCUCUUCGCCGAGCUGCCGCGCCGCUGCGUCGUGCUCCUCGAGGACAUCGACACGGCCGGCCUUACGCACACGCGCGAGGACGGGACCCAAGCCCCGGCCGCCACCGCCAGCGACGACAGCGACGACACGACCACGAGCAGCACACGCCCCGCGCAGCCCGGGAGGAGCGGAAAGCGGGAGGCGGCCGAGGCCGAGGCGGCGCGCAAGAAGGCCGAGACCAUCGCGCGGGUCGAGGUGCUGGCGGGCGAGUUCGCGGCCAAGAUUCCCGCGCACGAGUUCUCGCCGGCCGAGAUCCAAGGGUUCUUGCUUAAGAACAAGCGGCACCCGGAGAAAGCGGUGGCGGGCGCCGAGGAGUGGGUGGUGGCGACGCGGAAGGAGAAGAAGGAGAAGGAGCUGAAGGAGGCCGAGGAGAAGCGCGAGGCGGAGAAGAAGGCUAAGGAGGAGGAGGAGAAGAAGAAGGAGGAGGAGGAGGAGAAGGAGAAGAAAAAGGAGAAGAAGGGGGGGAAGAAGAAGCGGGCUUCGAAGAAGUCGAAGAAGAACAAGAGCAAGGACGCCGGGAGCGGAGAGGAGGAGUCCGGUUCUGAGCCCUCGUCGUCUGAGGCCGAGUCCGAGUCCUCCGAGUCGGAACGCGAGGAGAAGAAGUCGUCGAAGAAGAAGCGCAAGUCUGCUCCUGCUAAUCCUUCCGCUUCCCCGGCUGCUCCUCCGGCUGCUACCGCCGACGUUGCCGCCGCCCCUGUCCAGCUGGAAGAGAAGGACGCGUCCGCAGCCAAGGUGGAGCCUGUCGUCGUCGUCCCGACCAUCACCGUCGACACGGUCAAGGCUAAGGAGGCCGCCGAGCUGCCGUUACGGACCCCGGGCGCUGAUUCAGGGUAUGGGACGCCGUCAGAAGCGGCUGCCGAUCGGGUGGUCGAGGCGCACUGA